AGGAGGGGAGCUGAGCUCGGCGCGCGCCGGGCUCCGCGUCGCAGGCUGCGUCUGGCUGGCGUCCGCCACCCCGGGCUCUUCGCCCCGCAGCUCGCAGUGCGCGGCGGCCGCGGGUGCUCCGCAAAGACUAGGCGGCCUCCGGGGGAGCGCGCGUGGGCGACUGGCCGCGGACACUCUGGCCUCGCGAGGGAAGCGACGCCGCGCCCUGGUCCUUUGGCCCCGCGGGCCGCCACCGACCGCAGGAAGUUUUAUUUGCAGCUGGGAGCCCGCGGCGGAUGGUGGGACUCUCCGGCCCUGUGCAGUAAAAAAUUGAUCUGUGGGCUGGUGAGCUUAUCUGUGUCCCAGUCAGAACAGCAGAGGAAGUUAGCAGAGCGCUUGGUGGAGAAUGAUAUCUGUCAAAAGAAACACUUGGAGAGCGCUGAGUGUAGUGAUAGGUGACUGCCGGAAAAAGGGCAACUUUGAAUAUUGUCAAGAUCGUACUGAGAAGCACUCCACAAUGCCAGACUCACCUGUGGAUGUGAAGACGCAAUCUAGGCUGACUCCUCCAGCGAUGCCACCCCCCCCAACUACUCAAGGAGCUCCAAGAACCAGCUCAUUUACACCAACGACAUUAACAAAUGGCACGAGCCAUUCACCUACGGCCUUGAAUGGCGCCCCCUCACCACCUAAUGGCUUUAGCAACGGGCCCUCCUCUUCCUCUUCCUCUUCUCUGGCCAAUCAACAGCUGCCCCCGGCCUGUGGCGCCAGGCAGCUCAGCAAGCUGAAACGAUUUCUCACUACCCUGCAGCAGUUUGGCAAUGACAUUUCACCAGAGAUCGGAGAAAGGGUUCGCACUCUCGUCCUAGGACUGGUGAACUCUACUUUGACAAUUGAAGAAUUUCAUUCCAAACUGCAAGAAGCCACUAACUUCCCACUGAGACCUUUUGUCAUCCCGUUUUUGAAGGCCAACCUGCCCCUGCUACAGCGUGAACUCCUCCACUGUGCAAGGCUAGCCAAACAGAACCCUGCCCAGUACCUCGCUCAGCAUGAACAGCUGCUUCUGGAUGCCAGCACCACCUCCCCUGUUGACUCCUCAGAGCUGCUUCUCGACGUGAACGAAAACGGGAAGAGGCGAACUCCAGACAGAACCAAAGAAAAUGGCUUUGACAGAGAGCCUUUGCACUCAGAACAUCCAAGCAAGCGACCAUGCACUAUUAGCCCAGGCCAGCGGUACAGUCCAAAUAAUGGCUUAUCCUACCAGCCAAAUGGCCUGCCUCACCCCACCCCACCUCCACCUCAGCAUUACCGUUUGGAUGAUAUGGCCAUUGCCCACCACUACAGGGACUCCUAUCGACACCCCAGCCACAGGGACCUCAGGGACAGAGCUAGACCUAUGGGGUUACAUGGCACACGUCAAGAAGAAAUGAUUGACCACAGACUAACAGAUAGAGAAUGGGCAGAAGAAUGGAAACAUCUUGAUCAUCUGUUAAACUGUAUAAUGGACAUGGUAGAAAAGACGAGACGAUCCCUCACUGUUCUCAGACGAUGUCAGGAAGCAGACCGGGAGGAACUGAAUUACUGGAUCCGGCGCUACAGUGAUGCUGAGGACUUGAAAAAGGGCGGCAGCAGUAGCAGCAGCCACUCCAGACAGCAGAGUCCUGUCAACCCAGACCCAGUUGCAUUAGAUGCACAUCGGGAAUUCCUUCACAGGCCUGCAUCUGGAUACGUGCCAGAGGAGAUCUGGAAGAAAGCUGAGGAGGCUGUGAACGAGGUGAAGCGACAGGCAAUGACUGAGCUGCAGAAGGCCGUGUCUGAGGCAGAGAGGAAAGCCCAUGACAUGAUCACCACAGAGCGAGCCAAGAUGGAACGCACGGUGGCUGAGGCCAAGCGACAGGCAGCAGAGGAUGCCCUGGCAGUUAUCAACCAGCAGGAAGACUCCAGUGAGAGUUGCUGGAACUGCGGCCGGAAAGCAAGCGAGACCUGCAGCGGGUGUAACACAGCCCGAUACUGUGGCUCCUUUUGCCAGCAUAAAGACUGGGAGAAGCACCACCACAUCUGUGGACAGACCCUGCAGGCCCCACAGCAGGGAGACACGCCUGCAGUCAGCUCCUCAGUCACACCCAGCAGUGGGGCUGGGAGCCCAAUGGACACACCACCAGCAGCCACUCCGAGGUCGACCACCCCGGGAACCCCCUCCACCAUAGAGACGACGCCUCGCUAGACCUAAACUCGAGACUGUCAGAGGAAAGACCUGCAACCAGCACGAGAGCAGUUCCUCAUCCUCAGAUGCUCAAAGUCGUUUUCUGUUUGUUUGUUUAUAGAUGAACAAUCUAUCUUAUUUCAGUACUUUCAGCAAGAGAACCUUUGAGGCGGUAGUAAAACACAGAGGGCCACUAACGGGUCGUAAUGACUUACUGUGGAUAACAAAGAUAUCUUUUCUUUAGAGAACUGAAAAGAGAGGAAAGAAUAUAACGUGAGAUGCUAGAUUUGACCUCCUCCCUGUUAUUUUCAAGUAGCUGGG